AUGUGGUCUAUGAAUGUCAUCAUCCUCCUCCUGUUCUGCGAUGCUUGUCAUUCGACUGGCAAUAGCACGGUGACCUUCAUCUCCAAAAACUUUUACAAUGUACUCCACUGGGAACCUGCAAAACCUGCCUUCACUGGUGAAAAAAUCCUCUAUAGCGUCAAGUAUUGGAGUGAUACUACGGAGGAGUUCAAGAUAAAACCAGAGUGUCAGAACAUUACUGCUCUGUUCUGUGACCUGACUGAUGAAACCCCAUCACUUUAUGAUGUUCACUACCGGGCUAGGGUGUACAUUAAUGGUAGUCUUCAUGGCAGAACCAUCAGGUUUACACCUCUACGAGACACUGUUUUUGGUCGUGCCAACCUUUCUACAUAUUCAAAGGGGGCAUCCUUGCAUGUUAACGUCACCCUGCCCUUGGGGCCAAAGGGAGUCUCCAUUGCGGACAUUAUCAACGGAAGCAAAAGUGGGCCCAUCAAAACUUUCAUUGUAUAUACCUUACAUAUCACCUCCCCAAAGUGGGCUGCACAGUUAAUUCAUAUGGUAACUAUUACACUGUGCUCAUAUUCUAUUGCUUGUUUAUUUGACAUGUGCAACUUGCAAUGGACUAAAUUAAUCAGUCAUCCUUAUGACUCACUGUGUCUUCAGGUCAAGGAAAACACAUCUGGCCAGUUUGUCAUCAACUUGAAAAACAACCAAACUACGUACUGUGGCUAUGUGGUCUACAGGCCUUCAUGUGAAAAGGGUCGCCCAGUGAGUGAGAGAGCCACCUUCUGUGUCACGCUACCAGUCUCUUCUCUCUCAGGUGACCAUAGGAUGCUUCUACCAUGGCCUCUCAUGAGUGCUGCUCUUCUGGCAGCCAUUGUCAUAAUAGCAGUUGUGUUUUCAUGCAUCUAUGUGAAAGGUGGAAAGGAAAAGAGCAUGCCACAGUCAUUGGUAACCACUUUUGACAACAUGCCAGAAGUACUGCAGUCUCCAGAUAGAAAUCUCAUCCUUUCCAAACCAGUAGUCAGCACUCAAAGUGACCAAAUAGUGUAUGCCACAAUCCAGGCAAAGCUAAAUGUGUCCUCCGUUGGGUCUGGAGGUUAUUCCCCUCAGGAUAUCCCCUGCCAAGUUUGGCAAGGCAGCACUGGCUCCUCUGUAGGAACAGGGGUGCAUGGUCCAGCGCCAAAUCAGCAGGACACCAGCACCCAGUCCUCUGAAAUCUACGGUUCAGUGGCUGUCCACGUCCCUGCUGAAGAGAAUGAAGAUCUCAAGCCGGUUAAUAUAAAAGACAGAGGAAACAGUGAACUACCACUUCCCUCCAACAUAGAAAGCUGGGAUAAAAGUGGAACAAGUCCAAAGCUAACCUCACGUGUAACAUUACCUGAUUUGGAUGCCUGUGAGAGCAAUCUAGCCAAGCCGCUGUUGUUGCACACAGUGCGGGAUCCCAAUGGACAACUCAUGUUGCCUUCACUCACUUCUCAGUUACAGAGCAGCAUGGAUGGCACAGUAUCACCUUUUAACCCUGAGAGAAAACCCCUUUUAUCGGACCUCAUACUCCAAGACUACGAGAAGGAGGGGCUAUCAACAACGUCCUUGCAGCGCUUAGACAGCUCAGAGUGGUCAGACUCUGGGUGUGACGAUAGCAGUGUAAACACACCAACUCAGCUGUACUGCAACACUCAUUAUUUCCCGACUCAACCAGUUGUUCCUGAUUGCCACAAAGGACUCCAGAGCACACCAUCUAGUGAUGGAAUAUUUGAAUCAGGUUACAAACAAAACUGGAUGCCUGUAAUCGAUCCUGGAAGUAUAUCCAAAGACAGAUGUGAAUACAGGAGGAAGAACGAUCAUUGUUUUGGUCCCAAAAAGGAGGAGGGAGGAGAGGAAGAUGAAGACGCAGUAGGUGAGGAGGGAUCAAGGCAAAUUCUUCUGGGAGAUUGGGUGGUACAAAUUCAAGAAUAA